AAGGAAGGAGAGAGAGAGAUGGAAGAACAGGACCAGAGAGAGGAGGAGCAGAGGAGAGAACACACAAACACUCAAAGCAGAGAGCCCAAUGCUAGACAGUAGACACCCUUCUCCCACAAGGCAUAAAUAGCUCAAAAGACAAAGCCAAUUCUUGUGAACACAGAGAACAUAUUCCCCUCACCUUCAGCGUGAAGCUAGGCUCCCCUCCCCUCACCUCCAUUUUCAUGUGAAGCUUCUCAAGAUUCUUACAUGCCUUUGCCGUUCCUCUAUCUACCCAUCUACGGAGUACCUCUUUUAUCUCCACAUCCAUAUAUCCAUCCAUCCGUUUCUCUGUAAGCUUCCCAAAACAGCCGCAAUGCCAAUGCGAAUGGCUGCAAAUUUCUAGCUAGCUAGCUGAUCCCUCGCCACAAUUCCAAAGCCGCAAAGAAGCAUUACAAGCCAGAUGAGGCCUCGUCAUCUUGUCCUGUUCUUGAUUUUCCAUCUGCUGUCCUCCAAUGUCUACGGCAACGGUGUUGACGGCGACGACGCGUUGCACAGAGACGCGCUGGCCUUGCUCUCCCUCAAGGCCGCCCUUCGCUGCCGCCCCCAAGCGCUGCGCUCCUGGUCGGCCGGCAAUAUCGCCUCCGUGUGCUCCUGGACCGGCGUGCGCUGCGCCGGCGGCCGCGUCGUCUCCCUCGACAUCGCCAACAUGAACGUGUCCACGGGCGCCGCGCCCGUGAGCGCGGCCCUGAGCCCGGCGCUGGACGCGCUCCAGACGCUCUCGCUCGCCGGGAACGGCAUUCCGGGCGCGGUCACCGCGUCCAGUCUCCCGGCACUGCGCUUCGUCAACGUCUCCGGCAACCAGCUGAGCGGCGCCCUCGACGUCGCCUGGGACUUCCCCUCGCUCCGGAGCCUCGAGGUGUUCGACGCCUACGACAACAACUUCUCCUCGUCUCUCCCUUCCACCAUAGCCUCUCUCCCACGGCUCCGGCACCUCGACCUCGGCGGCAACUACUUCUCAGGCUCAAUCCCUUCCUCCUACGGUAACUUACAAGCGCUCGAGUACCUCUCACUCAACGGCAACAACCUGGAAGGCCCCAUCCCGGCAGAGCUCGGCAACCUCGAGAACCUCAAAGAACUCUACCUCGGCUACUACAACUCCUUCUCCGGCGGCAUCCCGCCAGAGCUCGGCAAUCUCCGGAACCUUGUCAUCCUCGACGUCUCCAACUGCGGCCUGACGGGCCGAAUCCCGGCCGAGCUCGGGGAGCUCUCUUCCCUCGACACUCUCUUCCUCCACACCAACCAGCUCUCCGGCCAAAUCCCCCCGGAGCUCGGGAAGCUGACUCAGCUCACGGCGCUGGAUCUCUCCAACAACGUGCUCUCCGGCUCAAUCCCGGGGGAGCUCGGCUCGCUCGUGUCUCUCCGGCUGCUCAACCUGUUCCUCAACCGGCUCCACGGCCCGGUCCCGGAGUUCGUGGCCUCGCUGCCGCGGCUGGAGACGCUGCAGCUCUUCAUGAACAACCUCACGGGCGAAAUCCCGGCUAGGCUCGGAGCCAGCGCGGCGGCGCUGCGGCUCGUCGAUUUGUCGUCGAACAGGCUCACGGGGCCGAUCCCGGAGCCGCUGUGUUCCUCCGGGAUGCUCCGGGUCGUCAUCCUGAUGAACAACUUCCUCUUCGGCGCCAUCCCCGGUUCGCUCGGCUCGUGCGCGAGCCUGGCGCGGGUCCGGCUCGGCCAGAACUUCCUCAACGGCACCAUCCCCGCCGGCCUGCUGUACCUGCCGAAGCUCAACCUCCUCGAGCUCCAGAACAAUUUGCUCUCCGGCUCGAUCCCGUCAAGCCCGAGCCCAGCCGGAUUCAUCUCGCAGCUGGCUCAGCUGAAUCUCUCCAACAAUGCGCUAACCGGAGCUCUGCCGGGCUCGCUGGGGAACCUGACUUCGCUGCAGACGCUGCUGGCGAGCAACAACCGGCUGAGCGGGCCGCUGCCGGGGGAGGUCGGGGAGCUGCGGCAGCUCGUGAAGCUCGACCUGAGCGGCAACGCGCUCUCGGGCCCGAUCCCGGCCGCCAUUGGCCGGUGCGGGGAGCUCACGUUCGUCGAUCUCAGCAAGAACAAUCUCUCCGGGGCGAUCCCGGAGGCGAUCGCGGAGAUCAAGGUGCUGAAUUAUCUUAAUCUCUCGAGGAACCGGCUGGAGGAGUCGAUCCCGGCGGCGGUGGGGGCCAUGAGCAGCCUCACGGCGGCCGAUUUCUCCUACAACGAGCUCUCCGGCCCGCUCCCUGACACCACGGGCGGCGGCCAGCUGGGGUUCCUCAACGCGACGGCGUUCGCGGGCAACCCUGGGCUGUGCGGCGGGCCGUUGCUGGGCCGGCCCUGCCGCAAUGGCAUGGCCACCGGCGCCGGAGAAGACGACGGGCCGAGGAGGCCGCGGGGCAGGGGGGAGUACAAGCUGGCGUUCGCGCUGGGCCUCCUCGCGUGCUCCGUGGCGUUCGCCGCUGCGGCAGUCCUCCGCGCUCGGUCGUGCCGCGGAGGGCCCGAUGGCAGCGACAACGGCGGGGCGUGGAAGUUCACGGCGUUCCACAAGGUGGACUUUGGCGUGGCGGAGGUGAUCGAGUGCAUGAAGGAAGGGAACGUGGUGGGCCGGGGCGGGGCCGGCGUGGUCUACGCCGGCCCGCGAAGGCCCGGCUCCUCCUCCAUGAUCGCCGUAAAGCGCCUCAACAACAACAACAAUUACGGGGCCCGGUCCGGGUCGGGAGACCACGGGUUCCGGGCGGAGAUCCGGACGUUGGGCAGCAUCCGGCACCGGAACAUCGUGCGCCUGCUCGCCUUCUGCACCAACGACGGGCUCCGCGCCAACGCGCUGGUGUACGAGUACAUGGGCAACGGCAGCCUGGGCGAGGUGCUCCACGGCAAGGGCGGCGGGUUCCUGGCCUGGGACCGCCGGUACCGGAUCGCGCUCGAGGCCGCCCGGGGGCUCUGCUACCUCCACCACGACUGCACGCCCAUGAUCGUGCACCGCGACGUCAAGUCCAACAACAUCCUCCUCGGGGACGACUUGGAGGCCCGCGUCGCGGAUUUCGGGCUCGCCAAGUUCCUCCGCUCCGGCUCCGGCAACAACAACAACAGCAGCAGUAACGCCUCCGAGUGCAUGUCCGCCGUCGCCGGCUCCUACGGCUACAUCGCCCCAGAGUACGCUUAUACCCUGAGGGUGGACGAGAAGAGUGACGUGUACAGCUUCGGGGUGGUCCUCCUCGAGCUCGUCACCGGCAGGCGGCCGGUGGGGGACUUCGGGGAAGGGGUCGACAUCGUGCAGUGGGCGAAGCGGGUCACUGACGGCCGGCGGGAGGGCGUGCCCAAGGUCGUCGACCGGCGGCUUAGCACGGUGGCCAUGGACGAGGUCGCGCACCUCUUCUUCGUAUCCAUGCUCUGCGUCCAGGAGAACAGCGUCGAGCGGCCGACGAUGAGGGAGGUGGUGCAGAUGCUGUCCGAGUUCCCCCGCCAUAGGUCCAGCCAGCCCUCACCGUCUUCAUCCUCAUCGGCACCGGAGCCGGAGAAGGAGAAGGAGCCCAACUGCUACAAGCUGUUCCCUGACCUGCUGACCUGAGUCGAGCAAGCAAAUCAAGCAGCAAAAUGCCAUGGCAACAAGCUCAGCAUCAAAUUACAGUACUCUAAUUGGAGGUAGCAGCAAUCUACAGUCUGUUGGUAGAUGGACAGUGAUGGUGAUAGAUGGGGAAGACCAAAUAACAUGUAACUUUGUUUUUUCUCUCUCAUGUUCUUUUCUAUAUAUUCUUUCUUUUCCUCAAAGGUGUAUAGGGUUUGAUCAUAAGCUAGUACUACCAUCUAGGGGUUUGUGCUGUCAAAUGUAACAGUAGUCCUUUCUGUCAUAGCUUUGGCCCUUUGUAAUCUCCUGGUAAUCUUCAGCCACCAUCCAUUGUCAUCUCCUUUACACUAAUCCUUGUUUAUGCUCAGUUCUGUACUACCAGUGCUACUUCACAGCGUUUUGUAUUA